UCAUCUCACCCUCGACCAAUGAGUGCGGUGGGUCCAGUCGGUAGGUCUCGGAAGUGUACUGUGCUGGUCGGGAGAGCCGCUGCGCAGGGCCAGUGCCGGGAGCGGUUGGUGAAUUGGUGACUGCGGAGUGGAGUUAGUGAAGUGUCGCCAAGAUGUCUGAGAGAAAAGUCUUAAACAAAUACUAUCCACCAGAUUUUGAUCCAUCAAAAAUCCCUAAACUCAAGCUGCCCAAAGAUCGGCAAUAUGUGGUGAGACUGAUGGCCCCAUUCAACAUGAGAUGUAAGACAUGUGGCGAGUAUAUUUAUAAAGGCAAGAAAUUUAAUGCCCGGAAGGAGACUGUGCAGAAUGAACUAUAUCUUGGACUUCCAAUUUUUCGUUUCUAUAUCAAGUGUACCCGGUGUCUAGCUGAAAUCACCUUCAAAACAGACCCUGAGAACACAGAUUAUACCAUGGAGCACGGAGCCACUCGGAACUUCCAGGCUGAGAAACUCCUUGAAGAGGAAGAGAAAAGGGUACAGAAGGAAAGAGAAGAUGAAGAAUUAAAUAACCCUAUGAAGGUGCUGGAGAAUCGGACCAAGGACUCCAAGCUGGAGAUGGAGGUCCUGGAGAACCUGCAGGAGCUCAAGGAGCUCAACCAGCGCCAGGCUAACGUGGACUUUGAAGCAAUGUUACAGCAGCACCGAGUGUCCGAGGAGGAGAAGCGCCAUCGAGAGCAGGAGGAGGACCAAAGGGAGAUGGAGGCCAUGAUGGAGCAGGCCCGGAGAAGGCGGCUGAUCGAAGACUCUGACUCUGAUGAAGAGCCCGUCCUCACAGCUUCCCAGAUGCCCAUUCGGGCCAACCCUACUGCCAUCUUAGAGGAGGUCCCACAGCUAAAAAAGCAGAGAGUGGAGAGCUGGGAACGGAGUGUGGGUGCACUGGGCAGCAAGUCAAAGCUGGCAGGCCUGGUUGUGGCCAAGAAGGCCGCUGCCCCAAGGCCCAGCAGCAGCAAUGGGCACGUGGUCUUGCCCUCCCCGGGCACAGGCAUGCCGCAGACUGAUUCUUCGCCCAGGAUACCCACUGCCUCAUCCCUGAGCCAGCUGGGGGCGUACUCGGACAGUGAAGAUAGCAGCAACAGCAGCUGAAACAGCAGCCCCUCCCCUGGAGGGAGGGAGGCCCCAGACCCUUUAGGCCCCUCCCCGUGAGGCCUGACCAUGGAGCCAGGCUGGAGUGGGUUUAUUUCUUUGUUAACUGAGCCCCAGCGAUGUGAAGAGGAGGAUUGGGGCGGGAGCAACACGGCCAGAGCCUCUGCCCAGGAACUGACUUCUCCUCUCCUCUCCCAGCCCGUAGUCCUCAGGAGGAAUCAGUGUUGUAGCACUCUUCCCUCUUUAGGGAGUGGCACCUGAAGAUCUGCCAUCCCUUCCUAGCCUGAUCCUCCCAUAAGAGCAGGGAUAGCCCUGCAGAAGAUACCGAGACUCCACCCUGCUUCCUUUGGACCUCUGCCCCUCGUGCUGGGCAAGCCCAGGCAGCCAGAGCAGAAUCACUGGGGGGGAUGGGGGGGUACCUCCUGCCAUCCUUGGAACUUGAGGGCCUUUUUCUCCCUGAUAGGGUGGAAUUAAUUUCUCUCUGUUGCUGGUGUGGCAUUCCUCAUAUGCCACACAGAAUGGCACUUUUCAUCAGUGCCUAGUGCUAGCUUAGCACAUGUGGCAGAUUUGCCUUCCCCCUAACCCCACACCAAGAUUAUCUGAUGGCACUUGGCCCUUUGGGAAUUGAAUUCUGGGAUAGAGGAUGCUCUAUCACAACAGGCAGAUUCCAACACCAAUAGUGCCGCCACUGGCCAGAUCAGCCAACUCCGAGGUCCGGUCCCCCUUCUUUCCCCUCCCCAUUCUCUCCCCAUCCCUGUCACCGGACCCCCAGGCCUAUAAGUCAUUAUCUUAAACCAAAUAAAGGAAACCAAAUGGACUCCUGA